AGAGAUGAAAGAUAUAGGCUUUGUCAUGCAAUAAUGUCCAUAAUUGCUGGACACAUUUUAAACCAGAAAGCUGAAUAUUUCCACUAAUGCACUUUAAACUCAAGAGGUUGACACAUUGUAUCUCUAACCACAUUCCAACUACUCUGAAUGUUGUUUUCUGAUAGAUUUUUGGGACGUUUUUUCUUAUGCGUUUUCCGAAGUCGCACAAUAGCUGUGCGCUUCCAGGGAUUUCGUGAACUUCGUUCGCAGUCUCCAAACGAUUCUUUGUCUGAAUCGAUUCCCCGUCACUUUUUGGGGUAAAAUGGCAGGAGAGAGCCGAGGAGCAGGGAUGGCUUUGGCGUUUUGGGACGGCUGUAAUGGCUUGGGAUUUAUUUUUAUCUUUCUUGUGGAUCUACUGGGAAUAGCUGCAGGUAACAUGGAACCUAUUUACUGGAAUACGUUGAACAAGAGGUUCCAGGAUGACAGGGGGUAUGUGUUGUACCCCCAGAUAGGAGAUCGUCUGGACCUGAUCUGCCCAGCCUCCAACCCUCCAGGCCCCCGCUCCCCCAGUGAGUAUGAGUACUACAAGCUGUACCUGGUGUCCAUGCGCGAGCAGGCCGACCGCUGUGAGGUGAUGGGCGCGCCCAACCUGCUGCUCACCUGUGACAAGCCCAACAGUGACAUGCGCUUCACCAUUAAGUUCCAGGAGUUCUCCCCCAACCUGUGGGGACACGAGUUCAAGACCCUGACGGACUACUACAUCAUAGCUACCUCUGAUGGGACGAGGCAGGGUCUGGACAGCACGAGAGGAGGAGUGUGUGUGACACGAGGGAUGAAGGUGAUUCUCAAAGUGGGACAGAAUGCAUAUGGCCUCCCACCCAAACCGAAACCAGACCCAAACCGCUUACACCCCAAAGGGAACAGUACCACGCCCAAGGCUGGUGGAGAGGGCGAGGGGAACAACCCUUUACCUUCCUCUAACGUGGCGGUGAUCACUGGAGCGGCAGGGGGCGGAGCCUUCCUCCUCAUCGUGACUUCUGUCGUCUGUGUGGUGUGUUACCGCUGGCGACAGAACAAGCGCUCUGAGACCCAUCACCCCACCCUGACCCUGGCCACCCUAACCCCCAAGAGGGGCAGCAACAACGGGGCAGGCUCCUCCGCCGGAGGAAACAACGGCUCGGAGCCCAGUGACAUCAUCAUCCCGCUGCGGACUUCAGACCAGGCUUACUGCCCACACUACGAGAAGGUGAGCGGGGACUACGGUCACCCCGUCUACAUCGUCCAGGAGAUGCCCCCCCAGAGCCCAGCCAACAUCUACUACAAAGUAUGAGGGAGACAUCUAGACGGCCCAGCUGGCAUAGACGCAGUAUCCACAAAUAGACUGCUGUUUUCAAUGUAGAAAUCCAACUGUCCCUCUAGCUCCCUCCACACCCUUAUCCUCACACCUCCCUCUCUAUGACUGACUGUCGGGAUGGCUGCCCUCACCCUCCUGCCCUAUGGACUGUACUGUACAGUGGUCUGCCACUGUGGAUGGAUGGAUGGGGGGGUGGUUGUGUAUUUGUGGGGGUAGGACCUCUUCCCUGCUUUGAACCCUGUGAUUGGGUCCAUGAGGCCUGGACAUGAGGGCCGUUAAACUGAUUGACUCACAGUGGCAGCGGCUCAGUGUUGCCUCUCACUCAAAGUGAGAGCUGACACUAGAUAUGAAAUGUCAAAACUUUCCAAAUGGUUAGUCUGUGUGUGUGUAUAUUUGCGUGAGUGAACGUGUUUUUGUGUGCGUGCUCACAGCAGUACGUCUGCUCGUUUGUGGUGCGUGAUAACUUUUGUUUUCGGGGUAUGUCAGUCUUAAAACCAAAACCACACGAGCAAAUAUCAAAGCAAGAUUUCUACCCACGGUCAUCCUUUACAGAUGACAUAAUAUAAUGAUUUCCUAACUCGUUUGUAGAUAUUUCAGUUCAGAUUUCUGUUAGGCACCGUUUUCUUGUCAGUGUUGUAUGUUCUCUGUUUUGGAGUCUAGAUGAGAUCUAGGUACUGAUAUUUAGGAUUGUGUUUUGUGUUCGUCUUCGAAAUGAAGGAUCUACUCUUCCUUUAUCCCAUCCUCUCACUCACUCUACAAUGCCUUAGCAUUGAAAUAGUUCACUUUUCUGUAUAUAAAGUUUCACAGAGGAAGGAAGAGAACAGCACAAAAGAGGUGUACUCAAGAAGAGGAAGCAGUAUUGGCAACGUGUUUGAACAGACGAACCCACAAACACUGUGAUUCUCCCAUACUGUACACACAGCUACACACACACAUCCACACACAGCUACAGAAACCUUUAACCCCACUGUAUUGUUUAUGUUGCUUCUCUGUGACUGGUGAAAGUGUCUUAUUUCGAGACAAAUGAUCUGUUUGGUUUUGUGGCAGCUGCAGUCUCUUUUCAUUCCCCACAAUGCAUUGGUAGCUGAUGACCAACGGUUGGCUGGCUGAGGAGAGGAAUGCAGCGAGUAAAGAAAGUGAAAAGGGUCAGAGGUCAUCGUUGAAAUGCCACAGACGAUAGUCAACAUAUAUAGCACCAUGGUGGAGUCCAUGCCAAUGUGACUUAGAACAUCCUUUGUCUACGGGACCGUUUCAACACAAUGUGCACGUAACAAGUGCUAUGGAGGAAAUGUCUUACAUGCUGGCUUUAAAAACUCAGUCCUCGAGUCUCAGGACCACACCUCAUACACAGAAAUAGAUGUAUUGUUUCAUGUUUUCAUACAAACUAAUGGAUUCCUAUUGUCGUUUUUAUGUAGUGUGAUGAUUUCUAGGAUGUUGAGGUCAGAGUGUUGGAGG